UUGCAUUUAAUUGCAAUAAUGUAAAAAAGAGAUGUGUUCCAAUGUGGAACAAAAUAGAUGAAAGAUGGACUCCUCAGCUUCAUCGUCCUCUACAUGCAGCCGGGUACUAUCUGAAUCCUCAAAUACGGUACUCAGGUAAGUUCUCUACACACCCUGAGAUAAAAAGGAGGUUGUUUGAGUGCAGGGAUAGGAUGAUCCCCCAUGAAGAGCAUGCUGAUGCUGAUAUUCAGUUGGAUGAAUAUGACAAGAGAAGAGGGGAUUUUGGCUCUCGCCUUGCACUCGAAACCAUGACAAAGCGUUCCCCAACUGAUUGGUGGGAACGCUUUGGAGAUAGAACUCCACAGCUUACGAAGUUUGCAGUACGAGUUUUAAGCCUCACAUGCAGUACUUCUGGCUAUGAGAGAAAUUGGAGUACUUUUGAGCAGGUGACUUUUGUACCAUUCAAUAUUCUAAAUUGGUUAAUUUUUAUUUAGUAGAUUAGCAAGUCUUUGAUAAUUGACUGACAUAGAUCAUCACAUGAUCAAAUCCACACAAAGAAGAGAAAUCGGCUAGAGCAACAAAAACUCAACUCUCUAGUAUAUGUGAUGUAUAAUAUGAAACUGAGAGAAAGAAGCAUGAAGAGAAGGGCGGCAAUGGAUCCAAUAUUGGUGGACCACAUUGAAUCAGAUGAUGAAUGGAUUGUUGAGAAAGAAGGCCCUGUUCUCCCAACUGAUUCAUCGUGGCUCGAAGAUCAAAAUAUGGCCUUUGAUAUUAGUGCCAUUACAACUAUUCCGGAGUCUAAUGAUCCAGUUGACAACAAUGCACCAUCAACAUCUAAUAUUUCUGAAGGAGUUUGCCCCCCACCUUCCUCAAAGAAAAGGAAGACAACUACUUUAAGUGUUUAUAGUUAUAGACUAAGUUACAUGAAUAUUUUUAACAAAGAAAGUAAAAGACCAAUGAAUCUCUUCUUUUU